AUGUGCCGGCUAAAGUCUUUGGUGCAAAAGGUGGUAGUGCUCGCACUCGCUGUGGUGGCCGUAUCAGCUCAACCACUGGACGGAGAAGAAAACCCCGUCCGAUUCGGUCCCAUCUCGACGUUCCCUCCGGAAGACGUGCCCUACAAGACGCACCAAGUGUUGCAAUCUGCAGAGAAACUCUAUGAACUGCUUGGGUUACUGCUGGCUGCGUUGGUGAUGCUCAUUGCCUCAGGGACUACUAUUGAAGGUGGAGCAGUACUGGAUGCAGUCUUCAUCUUGGUGCUGAAGCUGGGUCCGAAUGAGGCGAUACCCUUAGCAAGCGUGACCGUUUUUGGAGGAGCUGUUUGCGACUUCUGCUUGAACUUUUUGAGGAAAACUGUCAACUCGAAUGACGCGCUGAUUGAUUGGGACUUUGUCCUGAUGGUGCAGCCCAUGCUGCUGAUGGGAACUGUGUUUGGCGCGAGCAUCACCUCGUGGUUCUCCACUUGGCUGUUCCUUGUUGCACUGAUCGUGUACUUAGCGUACAUUGGCAAGAACGUGUUCAAAAAGGCUCGUACAGUCGGUCAUGAAGAGGGUUGGAGCUGUUGCAGCAGAAGUGGGUCGAUGUCGCUGCUUGGUGCACCAUCACUUCAGUCUCAGAGCGGCGGUGAUGACUUGCUAUCCAGUGCCCGUAUCCCUUGGCGUAAGGUGGGAACCAACUUUGGCCUCUUCGCUGCAACAGUGCUGCUGACGGCGCUUCAGGGUGGAAAGUACUUUCCUAGCCCGCUCGGAAUCCCUCCUACGUCUAUCUUCUCGUUGCUUGUCUCGAUGCUGCCAUUUUUCUUCCUCUCGGUCGUGUCGCACUACCAAAUGAAAGGCGUUGUGGCGACGUACCAAAGGCAGCAGGACCCUCGAUUCAUCCUUGCGCCGAAUGAAGUCCAGUGGUCAAUGGACACAAUCAGGAAAUUGCCGCUUCAUCUACUGGGAAUUGGAGCGGCAGGAGGAGCGUUUGGUGUUGGAAGUGAAGAGGCGAUGUCCCGUUUGCUGCGCGGAGUCAACUUUACCCCAGCCGCAGUAUCAUCGAUGGCCGCAACCGCCGUCUUCUUCGUCUCUGGCAUGGCAUCUUUUAGCUUUUUCCUCUGGGGCAAGCUGGACCUGAACUUGGCCAAGUUCCUCAUGCCGCUGGGUUUCAUGAUGACGCUUCUGGGACGUCUCUGUCUGUCGAAACUUGCUCGCGAGUCAAGUUCCCGCAUGUUGCUGCUCGUUGCCAUCAUUGCGGCACUAGUCGUCAGCGUCGUUCCACUCAGUUUUAUGGUGCUCCAACGUCUUUUCGGCUUCUAG